CUCGGAUAAAAAAAAAGGUGAAACGCGAAGGGGCUCGAGAUGCAGGAGGCCAUGGCUGCUUAACAACUGACGUAGAAAAGUGUCAGGGUUGAGUAUCAAACUUUGGGGGGGAAAGUCUCCAGAGCAUUACCCACAACUUCCCUGUGAGCCGCUGAGGUGGCACGGCAGUAUGAGUCUGAACAAAGCUGAGCUGUGUGAUUCACUGUUAACUUGGUUGCAGACAUUUCAGGUGCCAUCGUGCAACAGCAAGGAUGACUUGACAAGUGGAGUGGCCAUUGCACAUGUGCUGCACAGAAUAGACCCCUCUUGGUUUAAUGAGACAUGGUUGGGCAGGAUCAAGGAGGAGAGUGGGGCUAACUGGCGCCUCAAGGUCAGCAACUUGAAGAAGAUUCUGAAGAGCAUGCUGGAAUAUUACCACGAUGUGCUUGGUCACCAAAUAUCAGAUGAACACCUGCCAGACGUGCUCCUCAUAGGAGAGAUGGGAGAUGUCACUGAACUGGGCAAGCUGGUGCAGCUGGUAUUGGGCUGUGCUGUCAGCUGUGAGACGAAACAAGAGCAAAUCCAGCAGAUAAUGACACUUGAGGAAUCUGUCCAGCAUGUUGUGAUGACAGCCAUUCAGGAGCUUUUGUCAAAAGAGCCCUCGUCUGAACCAGGAAGCCCAGAGACCUACGGGGACUUCAACUACCAGUCCAGGAAGUAUUAUUUUCUGAGUGAGGAGGCAGAUGAGAAAGAGGACCUCAGCCAGCGCUGCAGAGACCUGGAACAUCAGUUGUCGUUGGCUCUGGAAGAAAAGUUGACCCUACAAACCGAGACACGAUCUCUGAAGGAGAAGCUGAGCCGCUCUGACUCUAUGGACGCCUCGGCCACUGCCAUCACCGGGAAGAAACUCCUGCUGCUGCAGAGUCAGAUGGAACAGCUUCAGGAGGAGAACUACAGAUUGGAGAACAGCAGAGAUGACAUGCGUGUGCAUGGAGAGAUCUUGGAGCGGGAGGUGGUUGAGCUACAGCAGCGGAACGAGGAGCUAAUGAGUCUGGCUCAGGAGGCCCAGGCCCUGAAAGACGAGAUGGACAUCCUCAGACACUCGUCUGACCGGGUGAACCAGCUUGAAGCACUGGUUGAAACAUACAAGAGGAAGCUGGAGGACCUGGGUGACCUGCGCAGACAGGUGCGCCUCCUGGAGGAACGCAACACUGUGUACAUGCAGCGCACAUGCGAGCUGGAGGAGGAGCUGCGCAGGGCUAAUGCCGUCCGCAAUCAGCUGGACACCUACAAGAGACAGGCUCAUGAGCUUCACACCAGGCACUCAGCAGAGGCCAUGAAAGCUGAGAAGUGGCAGUUUGAGUACAAGAACCUUCACGACAAAUAUGACGCACUGCUGAAGGAGAAAGAACGCCUAAUCUCAGAAAGAGACACACUUCGGGAGACAAAUGAUGAGCUCAGGUGUGCACAAGUCCAACAGAGGUGUCUCAAUGGAGCAGGAGGUUUAUGUGACAGUGGUGUCACAGCAGGAAACCUUGCUGCAGAAAUCCUGCCCACUGAGCUCAAGGAGACAGUGGUACGUCUCCAGAGUGAAAACAAGAUGUUGUGCGUCCAGGAGGAGACUUACAGGCAGAAACUUGUGGAAGUGCAGGCUGAAUUGGAGGAAGCUCAGCGCAGCAACAACACCCUUGAAACUCAGAACAGGUUGAACCAACAGCAGAUUUCAGAGCUGCGUUCUCAGGUCGAAGAGCUCCAGAGAGCACUCCAGGAACAGGACAGCAAGAACGAGGAUGCCAUCUCCUCUCUGUUGAAGAAAAAGCUUGAGGAGCAUUUAGAGAAGCUCCAUGAGGCCCACUCAGAUCUCCAAAAGAAGAGAGAGGUCAUUGAUGACCUGGAGCCCAAAGCUGACAGCAGUAGUAAGUCAUUUCUUCAUAAUUGGCAAAAAAAGAUCGAUGAACUCCAAGAGAUCCUGCGGAAGAAGGAUGAGGACAUGAAGCAGAUGGAGGAGCGAUACAAACGCUACGUGGAGAAGGCUAGAACGGUGAUCAAAACGCUAGAUCCUAAGCAGCAGCCGGUCACUGUGGCUCCUGAUGUCCAGGCCCUGAGAAAUCAGCUGUCAGAAAGAGAUAGGAAGAUCAAACACCUGGAGAACGACUAUGAGAAGAGCCGAGCCAGACAUGACCAAGAGGAGAAACUCAUCAUUCUGCGUGGUACAACAUGGGGGGAUGUGUUGCAUCAGAAGGUGGCUGGUGAGCGGACUGGUCCCUCCAAUCAGGCCAUGUCUUUCCUGGCCCAGCAGAGGCAGUCCACCAACGCCAGGAGAGGCCUGACACGACACCAUCCAAGAUAAAGAAAAAAACCUGAAAUUAAAAAGCAGACCACCUGGCUAAGACGCUGAAGGGAAGUCCAGACGGGAGCAGAGAUGCUGAGAGGGACGAGGAGCUGAUGUGGCUUCACCUGAUCUCCCAGUUUGCCUUCACUGAAUCGCUGCACCUCAGAAUAUAUUGAAUGCUGCUGCCCUCUGCUGGCUCCUAAUGAUAUGAGACUGUCUGAGCCCUACAGCAGAGAUACUACUUGUGUUGAAUUCUGCUGUUUAUAGGAGUGAACCCUCUAUUGAAACACAUGACUGGAGCAGAUGUUAUAGAGCCUUAAAUGACAUGGUGCCACCUACUAAGGUGACUUUAUUUCGUGUUUAUUGUCUUAAGCUCACUCCUAUUUCUUUUAAGUCAUUUUUAUAAAGUACCUUUUUAUGUUCAACGAUCAGGUGAAGCUAGUUUCGAAAACAAUUUCAGAUCAAAUGUAGCUGACGAGGUACUGAUCAAACUGGUACUUAUUAAUUUUGUUUGGGAGUCUACCAUUGUCCUCUUCCUCCCAAUGCCUGAAACUACAGCUGAAACGCAUGAACUCAUGUUGAAGAUGCACUAAUACGUGCUAAUAAAAACAAAACACGCAUACAAUCCCUGUUGACUGAAAACAUCCUCACCACUUGUAGCCAUCAGUAACAUCUCCUUGGUUUUUGUUUUUUUUCUAAAUUUCUUUUAGCGUUUAAUUUUUAUGUGAAAUUGAAGUGAAUUUUGGCUUUAAUAUGAAGGGUCUUAGAGAUGUACAGACCUUUAGGGCAUGUAUUAGCUUUAGUCUGUUUGCCUUUUUGUUUCAAGUCUGUAAAUUUAAUAUUCAUGUUAGACUUUUCACAGCAUACGCCAAAGCACUUUCCCUGCGCCGGUUUGUUGAGUGCCUCACAUAGUUUAAAAAUCCCUCUGUAGCUAUGACUGACUGAGGUUUCUGGUUGACGUCUGGCUUGUUUGACGUUCCAGGCUCUGCUGCUGUAUCCAGCAUACUCAGUUUCCUCUUGGGUACUGCAGGAUGGCAAGGCGGUGGCAGUGAUGGAGGUUUUUGAGCAUCCUCUCAGUGAGUCCUGCAGGAUUCUAGUCGGUUUUGUAGGGGGCGUGAGGUCUGCUCUCCAUCAGAGCCCACCUCCAAGUCUCAAUUGGCACAAAUAGAUUUUACUUAAACUACAGGGUUGUCUUUCAUCUGCCUUCAUAUGGAUUUUCUCUGAAUUUGAGUCUGUCUUCCAGCUUUUUUUCUUCCCAAAGAUUAAAAAAAGCAUUGUGUUGUGGGUAGGACCUAAUUGCACUCACCACUUUAGACUCCAAAUUGAAAGUUGUUGACUUGUAACCGACAGGAAGCUUCUUAGUCACAAAGACUGGAAAAUCGCCCACAAUGUGAUUGAGUCAUUAUUAUUAUUAUUAUUAUUAUUAUUAUUAUUAUAUUAAUUAAUUAGUAAUAAUAAUAACAAUAACACUAAAGAGUGAGUCAUAAAUGGCUGCUGCUAGACUUUAUUUACACUCAAACUGAACAGGAAAUUUACACAUUGAUGCACUGGAAUUCUUUUGUUGGGCAGGUCUAUUUACUGGAAGUCAAGUUUGAGUCUUUAACAAAAUAUUCUCAACACUUGGUCUGCCUUCAUUCACUACUGGUUAUUUUUUUCCGUUUGAACAGAUGUCUUAUCUUUUAGUCUUGAAUCGGUCCCCAUAUCAAAGCUGCUGUUUUGUGACUUUUACUUCCUCCCUGCGGAUGUUUGUGCUAUGAUCCAUACAGACCAGAAUUCUGCUGUUGUGCACACAUUUUUUAUACUCUGAGUUUAUAUGUAUGAUGUAAGUCUUUAUCCUUGCUCCACAUUUGCAUGGCUUGAAGGGGUUAAUUUUUGCUUGUUGGUGUUUGUCUGUUAUAUAAUGGUCUUGUAGAUUAUAGUGUGCUGUACUUCACCCAGGGAUCUGAGGCAAGUUAAAGAUUUGUAGUCCUGUCUGUUCUACUUUUGGAUUACAAAUAAAUGGGAUCUUAGAUGUGA